CUCUCCCCGUCGCCGGGGCGCAGCUGCGUCUGGGCGGACGCUGGGCCCGCGCCCUGGUCCUCGCGCCUCCCGCCCGCGCCGCCCGCUGAGCCCCCGGUGUCGCCGCGCCGUCCCGCCCGGAGGGGCCCGGCCCUGGAGGAGCAUCUUGUGACUGUUUUUACUUAACUGGUCACGGAAACCUCGACAAGCAUGGAGAUCAGGUUGGAAGUUUUGACGUCAACCACCAUCAAGCAGAAGAGGCCCUGGCCCCGCGUCUCCUGGUUGGGCCAGGAAAACGAAGCCGUUUUUCUUUUGGAUGAUAAACUCAUACAUGAAAUUAAUUUGCUGUCGGGAAGGACAAAGAAGAAAAUCCCUCGCCUGCAGCCUUUCUUGAAGCAUCUUGUGGUCCUCACGACGUCCAGUAAUGAUGCCUGGCUGGCUGGGGUCCUUUCUACCGGGGAGCUUUUCCUUUGGAACAAAGAUCAAGAUUGUUUGAAAACCAUCCAGGCAGCUGAGAAGCCGAAGGAAGUGAUUAAGGCUGCAGUAGCAAGUUCGUUGAGACUCUAUUUGUAUGUAUCUGGAGAUGGAAAACGAGUUCUGAUUGUAACUCCCUCUGGAUGCAUAUUUCUUUGGGAAUAUUUGGAAUUCAGGAAUGUCCUGUCUUCUAAAAGCCCUUCAUUGAGGGGCCAGUGGUCCCAGAUCACACCUGAAGAAGCAGUGCGUUUGCCUUCCGCUGAAGAUAAAGAAGCCGUGGUGCAUGCUGUUUUCAUAAAAAAUGAGUUACUGGGCGACUGCUGCUUGUGCGCAUUCACGUUUUACUCUGGGGAGUGUCUGAGGUUGACAUGUCUAGCAAUUCGGUGGCAUGAGGAUGUGUUUCCACCUGUGAGAUCCUUGCCAUACCGUGUUCAUUGGGCACAGCAAGAUUGCCUUCUGGGCAGUCUGAUUCCUACGUGUGAACCAGUCAAGUCAAGGGGAGCUCUAAUUUCUGCCUUUUCAAGAGAUGGCCUUACCCUGGCAGUAACUCUGAAUCAGAAAGACCCGAAGGCAACUCAGGUAUUAUUUGUAAACACACUGAACUUUGUUACUCUCUGUGGAAGCCUUAAAGGCUGUAGCAAUAAGAACCCCAUGGUUCCUGCUACCCUGGUCAGGUCCUACUGGGUAGGCGACAUCAGCUGGACCCAUGACAGUCUUUUCCUGGCCUGUAUGUUGAAACGUGGCUCCCUGGUUUUACUGACGUGCCAAGGGGAAUUGCUAACACUGAUCACGCGUGGCUGCUCGGUAGAAUUUGGGCCGGCUGAGUUUAUUCCUCUCCACCCGCUCAUUACAUACAGACCACCACAGUGCACCUUUCAAGGUUCAACUCAUUCUGUAGACUCGUCGGCGUCGGCCAGCGACCCGAUGCGACAGAGGUUUUCCGUGAAAACCCACUCCCGGUUGCCCUACCUCGUCGCUUCUGACGGCUACAUGGUCACGACCCUCCGGUUCCUCGAUAGCCUGUCUCCCUCGGUGCUGCUGCGGGCCCUUCUGCUGGACGCGACGCAGCGGCUUGAGAAGGCGUACCGCGGCGUGGCGCUGUCCGAGCCACAAGGCAAAGGGCUGAACUUGCGAUCCCUGGGGUCCCUGAGGUCGAGCCUGUUAAAACGCCAAGGAAGCGAGCGGCCAGCGGCUUCUCCCGCCCCCGGAUUCUUACAGGAAGAAGAAACGAUGAAGUCGCAUGAAAAGACAGAUUGGCAGGAUUUUGAAGCAGAGGAAACUAACGAAAGCACAUACUUCCCAAACAACUUGCUCUCCUUUUGGAACAAAGAAAAUGACCCGUCGUUUAGUGGUGCCAAGGAGGGGAGAUUGGAGUUUGCGUCUAUGUUCGACACAAUACACGCAAAGGACCCUGCGGAGGAGGCCGACGGAACCAUCGCAGAACUGCACUCGGUCCAGAAAAACCUCCUCGCGGCCUGGACCAUCGGAGUUUCAAAACACGUGACGGAGAAAAACGUGAUGCUAAACUACACAGUAGUUUGCAUGACUUAUUUUUUCUACGUUCUUCAGUUUAUCAAAUGUCCUUUCCCAGCACUCGAUCUUUCCUUAAGCAAGAGACCGAGGCGUAACGCGUGGGUGCUUUGUGUCUUUCAACUCCUCCAUCAGUGCUUGUCGGCCCAGCGCUGGGACCCGCGGGGCAGGCCGGCCGUGCGGGCCCUGGUGGCGCUGGCCUCCAGCGCGCUGCAGCUGCUGCUGGCCCGGCCGCCGCGGGGCCCGGCCUUCUCCCAGAGGCUGGCCGCCGGUUUUCACUUACUCAGGAUGGUGGCUGACCACUUAAAUGGCCGAGACCGUCUCCAGCCGGAAGUCUUGGCGACAGCUGAUGGGAGGAGAACAGCCAGUCAGGACUCCCUGGUGGUUCCCGUUUUUCAAACAUUUCAAGAUAGUGCUUCCCGGGACGACUGGCCUUGGAACGCGUCUUUCAAGAUGCGUCCUCCAGUAGUAAACCUCGUUCAGCAGCCAGGACGCAGAUUGGUGUUUCUGUGGAGAGUCCUGUAUCAAAAGACUUUAUGGUAUCAGAGCCAUUUAAGUCGAAGAGUUCCUGAAGCUGACAGACCGUUACCUGCAAAGGUGGCCCAGGAAGCAGCUGCUGUCCGGUCCCUGUUAUGUCACAUCCAGGCGAACCUACAGACAGCCGGAGCCUGCCUGGGCCAAACCUUAGAGCUCAAACCUAUCAGCGGUGAAGAGUGCUUCCUGUUAGGAUCCUAUGAAAAGGCUGUUGAGCUGUGGAGGAAAGCUCUGCAAGAAACCCAAGAGAAGGGAGGAAGAAGGACCUGCUUUCUUCAGAUGCGCUAUUACCUGUCCCUUUUGUACUGCCACCUGUAUAGCUAUAAUCUAAACGAUGCCCAAGGUUUGUGCGAUCAGCUAGUGAGAGAACUGCUGAGACGGUCCCACCUACCUGUGAGGGAAAAUGAAGAUGGUUCGGCUCCCGCGUGGGGACUGCCCGGGCCUGCCCACCCCGAGGCCGCAGUGAGGGUCGUCCAGUCCAUGGCCCGGUUCAUGGCCGCCUAUUUCACCAACCAGCGGCUCUGCAUUCUGCCCCCUCACCACGUGAACGUCCUGCCUCCCCUUCACAUUAAAACAGAGCCGGCCCCGCGGUGCGUCCCCCUGCAGCACGCCGCCGUGGCCAGUGCCGUCAGAGAGCAGAGCCUCUCCCGCGUGUGGACCGUGGACUACGCCCUGGAGUUGCUGCUGAUCGGCGGCCUGGUCCCGGAAGCCGUGUGGCUGGCACAGGAGCUCGGGGACUGGAAGACGGCUGUGUCCAUCGGCGUGGCCUCCCAGCUGAGCCGCCGGGGCCUCGGCCCCACCAGGCUCAAGAAAAAGGGCCAGAAUCUGCCGUUCAACAUGACUCCAGCACGGAUUUUCCAGGAGAAACUCCAGUGUCUGUUAGGUCAGCCGGCCUCUUCGGGAGCAAAAAGAGAAAUGGGCUCAAAAUACAAACAGUUUACAGAUCCCAUUGAAGAGGAGGACGCACACCUGCUGCUGGGCUCCGUGCGGGGAGUGCUGAAGGCCGCGGCCAUGGCCGAGGCGGACGUGCUCUCGGAGACGUGGCGGCUUCUGAUCGGCUCCGCCAAGGACUUCAGCCGGAGGCUCUGGGGCCUGGUGCCCGGCGGCCUGUACCUCCCCGCUCCUCCGCUCUACUGUCCUCAGCCAGCGCUUCUCAGCGAAGAGGACGGUGACGAUCUUCUGUUACGAGCUGAGAAGGAGAACCGCCAGAAGGUGUCCGGGAUCCUGCAGCGCCUGCUCCUGCUCCUCCGGGCGGCGCGCUGCUCCUUCCCGGCCGCGCAGUGGUACAUCCUGCAGCUGAGGUGGGCCAGGAAGGUCAUGCAGAAGAUUCGAAUGAAAGGGUCCCUCCCGUCCCUGAGUCCCUUCCCUCCGUCAUUGCUUCACUACUGUGUGGGUGGCGUAGCCUUCUUCCGACCUGGAGCAACGGGAGACAACAAGCUGGAUGAGGUUUCCAUUAAAGCAAUAGGGUGCUUCCGAGAGCUGUGUGCGUUGUGCUGGAUGCUGCAUGUCCGCGAUAAGUUAUCCUCUAGUUGCAGGCAGUAUCAGAAAGCAAGAGAAAACGUGGAGGGAAAGAAGGACCUGGCCGUGGAGUUUGACUCUUGCGCGGUUGAGCACUGUCUCUGUGCGGUGGAGUGGGCUUGCAGAAUGCUGCCCUUCUCUCGGUUUUCUAACAUCGAAGAACUGAUUCAGGACCUCAUUUUGAGCCUUAUUGGAGAACUGCCACCGAUCAGGAAGGUAGCAGACGUGUUUGUGAAAGCAUUUCCCAAUCCUGAGGACAUAAGGGUUCCUUUAAGAGAAAAGUAUCACUCCCUCCGGCAGAGACUCGGCCGCUGCGUCGUGAAAGGCCCCCACACCGAGGAAGCGAUGUCUGUUGUCAUGCGUUCCAUCCACAAAGUGAGGGUGAAGGCCCUCAAACGCGUGCAGAGAAACAUAGGUCCCUUCGAGAGGCACGUCUGGGAGCCCGUGGAGGAUGACAAGCCCGCUGAGGGUCCCGGGUUCGAGGGGUGCUCCCUGGGGACGAGCCUGAGCAGGAGCACACUCACAGACCUGGGCACGCCCCCGGGCCACAGCGAGGCCGACUCGCUCUCGGAGGCUCGGUCGGCCGGAGGAAGGAGUGGGACGCAUUUCUAUCGCAGAAAGGCUCCACGUCACGUGGAAUCCACGCUGACUGCUGAGCCCAGUGCUGACCAGAGCGUGGGUGAUCCGAAAGGAAGCCCUGCGAGAAGAGGCCAGGAGCCGGUGUCGCAGAACGCACCUCCUGUGAUAGGCGUCUGGGAGUUUGAACGCGAUGACGACGAGUACGUGAAGUUCCUGGACCUCUUCCUGAGUUACGUCCUGGAGCGAGACCUGCGUGGCAGCGAGGACCCCGGCAUCCCGUUGCUGACGAGCUUCUCGGGGCACUUUAGAGAACAGGAACUCAACCCUCUGCUCUCGGGCCUGCACGCAGCAUUGCAGCGCCCGGGCCAAGCCAGGGGCCAGGGCGUGUUCCGCGCGGGCUCCUGCUUCGAGGUCGCUCCGCAGCCUGAGGACCCGGAAGGCCCGGCGCCUCCAGCCCCAGGACUGGCCGCAGGGACCAGGCCUCCUCCAGAGAACCUCCUCGGUGAUUUUAAUGGAAGUGGGGGCAGGAGCGGCUUGUUCGGCCUAAAGCAGAGGGCCCUCUACAGGACACAGGGGGACGGGGCAGAGAAGCCUUGCGUCCUGAAGGUGUCCAGCCGGAGUCCGUGGGCUCCCGAGGGCAGUCACGGAGGAAGGCGUGUGUUCAGAGCGAUCGAGGGCAGUGACGCGGGCCCCCUGGCCGAGCUCCCUCCUGCGCUGGGUGCAGCGGGCGGCACGGGGCUGCAGGGGCUGCUGGAGUGGAUGCUGCGGUGGGCCGCCCGCAGGCUGCCCUGCGACCCCAGCCUCCCGGCGCCGGCCCAGGCCCGGCCCGUCCUCCGGGUGAGAACCUCUGCGGCUGCCAUUCUGACAUCACUGUGGCUCUCGGAACAGCCCUACGCUGCUGCGUACGAGGCCAGGAGUGCCGUUAUGGAGGAGCAAGAGCGUCCUUGCCCUGGGUCUCCGAUGGGGCCCCCCAGUGAGGGUGCCUGCGGGAUGCGCGCCGGCUGCUCGGUGGCAGGGUCCGGGCCAGCGGGGCCUGAAGGAGGGGAUGGCCACAGUGAACCUCGCCGGAGCGCCUUGAAAAUGCCAACUGAAGCCAGAACCCCUGAAAUAAAGGAAACCAGUGAGGAGGGUAUUUCUGUCACUGAUGACACCGAUAAACAAGUUGUAGACAUCGUCGAUGAGGAUCUUUUAAGAGGAGACACAUUUACACAGGAACUGGAGACGCUCCCACCAGACCAUGAAGAAGACGCCAAAGGACCUGUGGGAAGCCCCGAGGGUCCCCACGCCGCUCACACGCAGACGUCACCGCGGCUGUUAGAACAUUCCACAGGAGUGGCUCCGUGUCCACGGGGGGAACCAGUGGAGAAAUAUGUGGAGGAAAAGCCAGCAGCACAGAAUGGUGCACAGACCCCUGCAUGUAAAGAGAAAUCGUCUCCAGACCCACCCGUGGUGCCCAAUGGAGUCAGCGUUGCUUCACAAACCCUGGUGCCCACCCCCCCGCCGGCCCCGCGCGGCGAGCCCCGGGCGCGGCUGCCACGAUCUCCCGGUUCUGUUAGGCAGAUGCUCCAGGACGAGGUGUUCAAGUUAGUCCAGAAUGNUCCACACGGGCGUAUUCCUUGUCAAUUAGAAGGCCAGCCUCGGAACAGCGGACUGUCCGCAGCCCCUGAAAGCUUGCCGCCGGCUUCGUGUCCCCCGGGCCCUGCGGGGAACGCUCCCCUCCACCUCGUGUCCCCGCCUUCUGCCCUCCCGAAGGCACCGACGCUUCCCGCUGCCACGGCGCUCAGACCGGGCGAUGCUUUUCCUCUGCUCCAGCUACAGCCUGAGCAGGGGCUGAAGCCCUUUGCCUUCCCGGCAGAAAGGGCUCUGUGGGUUCCCCCCAGAUGUCUGCCGCCGCCCAGAGAGGCCUGGGGGCCCCCCAGUUCCCGCCAGCCCCCUGCGCCCCCGAGAGCGAUGCACACGUCAGAGCCCCCUGGGACCUGGAGCCAGCGGAAUACGGACGCCCAGCAGCCAGCCGUGGAGCAGAAGACAGGGGCGGGGGCUGGCAGGACAGACAUCCCGAAGCACUUGAACUUGGACCAGUACGUUGGACAGGAAAGCGUGACACCUCAGCAGGACUCUUCGGCAGCUACAAAGCCAGGAGGAGUGUUUGACGUUAAGCUGGGGCCCCUCGAGUCCUCUCCUCGUUACGCCUUCGGAUUCCCGUUACUGCACCUGCAGCCCAAACCUGCUUUUACGUUUUUCUCCGUCUCAAGAGCUCCGGUGGCGGUUCCCUCCGCACCUGUCAGAGCCGCCGCGGGAGCGAGGACGCACCCAGGGUUUUCCUUCCUCCGCGCCUGCCCGUCGCAGGAAAACGCGUACAGAACCCCUCAGCUUACUCUGAUUGGAAACCUCAUUGCGUCUAAGCAAAGCCAACAGAGACCACACCCCGAUUUCCUGGAACAAGGCGAUCCUGGGCACCUGCAGCUUGGAAAGGACAAAGGGGAUGCUCCUGAAGUGAGGCCAGGGAGGGGCGGCAAGAAAAGGCAAAGACGACGCGCUGAGAAAGAGCUGCAAGAAAACAGCUCCGAGCAGCAAAGGAGAAAACCGAGUGUGACCGUGCACCCAGGCGCUGUCGUCCUUCCUGACCAUGACUCAGGGGCAGCUGGGAGAGCCGAGGAGCAGCGAGAGCAUCGUGGUUCCCAGACGCUGGAUGCCUUCGAAAUCCCUCUGGAAACGCUACACGAUGACGUCACUACCUCCGCUGGGCUGCAUUUCUGCCUCUGUCAGAAAAGAAAGCUUGUGGACUGUCAGGAUGCAAGUACAAACACAGACCCAGAUAAAGAAGCUGCUUCUCAAGUGGUUUCUGAAUGUCAGAAAAAUCAGCAAGCCAUCUCCUCCACAUCAGAAUGUGAACCUUUGACUGUCCCUCAGCCGUUGGCCCCAGAUGUGUUUCUGAAUCUCAAGCUUCCCUCCGAAAGGGCAGAGAAGCCUUUGUCACCUUUGGCACCGGACAUGGUUGGACACACUUACCUAAAUGUGAUUGACAUUGAAGCUGGCGACCUGCAGGAAGUGCCUGUCAGAGAGCCUUCCGAUGAGGACAUCCUCCCGCGGCCGGCGGAAGGCCCGUCCUCUGCGGCGUUACAUCACAUGGCCGCGUCCGUGACCAGCGCUGCUCCCCUGCGCAGGGUGAAGAGUCAAGGACCUGCCAGUUCUGCGGUGGACUUCCCUCUCACACCUGCAGAGGUGUCGCCAUCCUGUGUGGAGGGGGGGAGCUGGAGAGCAGGCGCUGCCCAAGCAGAGGAGCCGGGGGUCCCCUCCCCUCCAUCAUCAGUCAGAGAGGACAGAGACGUGCCGAAGCCAGCUUUCCAAUUCAAAGCAGAGAGCUCGCAGCUGGAUGCUGCAGAAGGGGGCGGGCUGCGGGAUUACCUGCUGCAGGAGCUGCUGCAGGGCGCCUCCGCUCCUGGCUCCGCGCCCAGCCCGCACCCCCAUCUCCGGCUGCAGCGCCUCAGCUCUCAGCUCCGGAAAAUUGACGCGCAGCUGCUGGCCAUACAGAGCAUCGCUGACCGCAUCGAGCAGGACUUCCCCAAACACGAGCACCGGAUGGUGGGCCCGGUGGUGGACCGGCACCGCAAGGAGGUUGACUCUGUGGAUGACAUUGAAUUGUCAUCUGGCCCUGAAUCUGAAAAAACACUGGCUUCAAAACCCAUUGCCAUUUCCAAAGAAGACUCUGGAUCAGUGCAUUUCCUGACUCAUAUGAAUAAGGAAGAUCAAAGUGACAAAGAACAGACUUUUGAAGAUGAAUUUUCAGUAACAGAAACUCAUUCUCGUCCGAAAACGUGUGUGUUUCCUUCUGCCGAUUCAGCUCUCAGCCUCUCCAGUGACCAGAAUACGAGUUUUCCCGGUGUGAAUAACCAUGAUGAGUUAUUUGAGAGCGUUUCAGCAGAUCCACUCCAGAUGACUGGGCUGACUGACAUUGCAGACAUUAUUGAUGACCUUAUCACCAAAGAUGGAGUUUCCAGUAAAGAGCUGGGCUUAACAGAACAACAAGCCAGGAGCAUCUCUAGGAUUCAGCAAUCUUCUGGUAGCCGACCUGGAAGAACUGCCAAGGAGAGAAGAGAGAUUCAAGUCUGGAUGAGAAGAAAGCGGAGAGAGAGGAUGGCGGAGUACUUACACGAGCUGGCGGAGAGGAGGGGGCAGGAGCACGACCCCUUCUGCCCCAGGAGCAACGCGUUUUAUAUGACUUCAAGGGAAAUCAGGCUGAGUCAAAAGAUGAAGCAUGAAAAAGACAGAUUGCUACUCUGUGACCACUACAGCCGUCGAAUUUCACAAGCGUACAGUCUGAUGAAUGAACUGCUGUCUGAGUCGGUACAGGUACCAGCACAGAAGCCAUUGCCCAGCAAGCCCAGGACUGUUCACACUUGCAGGCUGCAAAGCUCCCUUUCUCCAAGAAGAGAGACCCGAUAUGGUCACAACUUUCCAGUAAAUCGACCUGGAAAAGUCAGAAAUAUACCCAAACCAAGUUAUAUCCCAAAAGGGAAAUCUUUUGGGCAACCUCAGGGCUCACCUUGGCCACAUGGAACUAUCACUUUUACCCAGAAAAAAGCUGGUGGAGCCAGAGGGGCGCGGAGAAAGGCUGUGCACUCUCCAGUCACCUUCCGAAAAGGUUCUACUGCUCCCUGUCUACAGCAUUCAAAACAGCACGGGAGUGCUGGGCUUGGCCCUCACACCGAGCAGGUGUGUGCAGAGGACGAGAGAGAGGAGACUGUGGUGAGUCCCUGGCUGGUGCCCUCAGACAUCCGCAGGAUUCUUCAUGGAAGUCACAGUUCCCUUCCACAGGACUUGUCACCAACUGAAGAAGAGCCAGCGUCCCCUACUGGAGAGGGUGGCAUGGACAGUGUGUCUGAGAGCACUGGCAGCAUCCUCAGCAAGCUCGACUGGAAUGCCAUCGAAGACAUGGUUGCCAACGUGGAAGACAAGAGCCUGUCUGUCCACUGGGCCCUGGAUCUGUAAGGCCUACACGCAUUCUGUUCCCAGGGCCAGCAGCGCAGUGGUGUGGGCUGGAGGGAGGGAAGCAAUGCAGAAAGUGACGUGAAUUAACUACCUGCAGCCAGAUCUUACCUGGACAAGCCAUUUCAAGGAGGAAAAUAAACAUUUCUCAAUAAUUUUGCCUUCAUGGAAAAGGGUUCUUUAAUUAUAGAUGUAUUAUAUGUUUUUGCAUUUGACUUAUGUAAUUUUAUAAAUGAUAAAAUAAAAUUCACCUUUCAAGCCGA